CAUGGAUUAGAAGCCGCACAAGGAUGUAAUGCUUCUCAAGAAGCUGGGUGUUCCAUGAAUGUUGAAGCAAUGACUCAAUUGCCUAAUAAUUUCACUCCUGUUGAAACAUUCAGCAUAGGGGGCAACUCAAUUCCAUCACAUGUAAUGGGUGAAUUGCCAUUAUUUUCCCUAUUAUAUUCACAACAGGAAUUAAGUGGUCAAUUGUCACAAUUUUUUUCGCCAUUUUCCCACCAAGCAAUAAGUGGUGAAUUAUCACAACUUUUAUUGCCAUUUUCACAAGGAGAACUUCUAACGUCUACAACGAGAGCAGACAAUGUGGCUAGUGCAUGUAUAGAAGUUGAACCUUCUAUACAGAAUACAUCAAAACCUCAAUAUACCGGUUUCAGUGAGGAAACAGAUCCAGUGCUUGAGAACUUGAUAAAUACAUUUUGGUUGUUUGACCAAGAUCAACCAAGUCUGUUUAACGAUUCAACUGCAGGAGAGAUCAAUAGAAAUAUGGAGAAUUUGUUGGCACAUGGAGAAGGAAACAAUGAUAGGAAUGAACUUGUAGGUUCACAACCAACAUUGAGGGAUGGCGAUAAAACUAGUAAAGCAAGUGAUUUUUCUAGCAAUUUUUGAAUAAAUGAUGGUGAUACAGAUGUUUCGAUCGGUAACUUUUUUUAGGA